AUGGGUCAGCCAAGCGAAGACGACUUUGGUCUCUCCUCGGACGUGGAGGAAGCACUGCUGCGAAUCGACACUACGACGUGCGCCACCGGUGGAAAGCGCAAGAGUGAGAGUGACGACGCUCUCAACACCGAGACCAAGAGAGCUCGCGUUGGUCAACCGGACGAUAGUCAACUGGACGACACUGCCUCCGACACGUCUACUGACGUCGCGCGUCGAGUACUCCGAGAACGCUUCGGGAUGGAAGCCUUCCGACUGAAGCAAGAGGCUGCAAUCGCAAGACUCCUCGACGGCAAGAGCUCCGUGGUGGUCUUCCCCACGGGAGGUGGCAAGUCGCUCUGCUAUCAAGUCCCCGCCCUCUGCUUCAAGGAGCUCGACAAACUCUCCGGGAUUCGACAAACUACUGCAGAGCCCGGCAUUACCCUCGUCGUGUCGCCGCUGAUUGCACUGAUGAAGGAUCAAGUGGAUGCCUUGCAACGGCGUGGAAUCGCAGCUGCUGUAAUGGACUCCACAAAGACGAAGGAACAGUAUCUCCAGACGAUGACCAUGAUGCGUAACGGUGAGCUCGAUAUACUAUAUUGCGCACCCGAACGUCUCAACAACGAGGGCUUUGUGUCCUCAAUGGCGAACGUCAAGGGCGGUGUUCGAUUGUUGGCCGUCGACGAGGCUCAUUGCAUAUCAGAAUGGGGCCACGCUUUCCGUCCGGACUAUCUGAAGGUUGCCCGAUUUGCCAAGGAAAUUGGAGCCGAGAGAGUGGUAUGUCUGACGGCGACGGCAACGCCGCAAGUCGCCCAGGAUGUUUGCAAGGCCUUUGACAUUCCUGAGACUGGUCUUUUCAGAACCUCAACCUACAGACCAAACCUGCGUCUACAGGCACAGGCCUAUCAAACCAAAGCCGAGUCGUAUCCCAAGCUUCGAGCCUUUCUCAAGGCCCACCCAGGGCCCACUAUCAUCUAUGUCACCCUUCAACAGCAGGCUGAGGAGUUAGCACAGCGCCUGAUCAACCUCAACUUCAACGCGGCAUAUUUUCACGCAGGCAUGAAGAAUGAGGACAAGGUCUUGGUCCAGGAGCGUUUCAUGGCGUCUGACGAUGGCAUCGUGGUCGCCACGAUUGCGUUUGGAAUGGGCAUCGACAAGGCGGAUAUACGCAACAUCGUGCACUAUGAUAUCCCUCGAUCGUUGGAGGGCUACUCCCAGGAGAUCGGCAGAGCUGGCAGAGAUGGCAAAGAGAGUCACUGCAUGCUGUACCUUUGUGCAGAAGACUUCCACCUUCGCGAGAGCUUUGCCAGAGGUGACUUGCCGUCCAAGAAAUCUGUCAGUGAGCUGCUGCGAUCCAUUUUCUCCCUGCAUCCCACACCUGCGCCCGAGUCCGCAUUGGAGGUUAGCUUCUACCAUCUCUCGAAAGAGCACGACAUCAAGGUAAGCGAGCUUCUAUCUCCCAGGCUGUGGUGCAUCGAAAUAGCUUGUCAGCUCCUUUGGACGCCUAUGCUGAACAAGCUAGCAUCUCUCAAGUGUGUAGAUGGCGGCUGAGAUGCACGGGUUUCUACAAGAACAAUGCUGAUGCCUCGAUAGCUCACUACCCUUGGCAAUAUCUUCUGCGCAUUGGAACUGCGCUUCGGCCUUAUCCGCGCAAAGACACCCAAGUACGGCAAAUACUCCUGGAAAUUACUUGGCAACAUCAAAUGGGACAGUUCACCGGCUGGCACAGCUGUUAACGGUUGUGCAAGCUGUGGAAAGACUGUGUGGACCGUUGAUGUGGACGUCGCCGCUCAACAAGGCGGUGUGUCCCGUGGAGACAUAGUUACCAAGUUGAAUGCUUGGAAUGAUCAAGGCCUCAUCGACCUCACGGCGAGCAAUGUCUUCAAUGUCUUUCGGGUUCAGAAGCAGUGGCCGCUGCCUGCGAAAGAGCAAGACGACAUUCUCAAUGCCCUGUACAAAGAUCUCGAAGUUCGGGAGAUGCAGGCCAUGGAGCGAAUGAAGGAGGUCAUGGAUUUGAUCACAGACGAGGCUUGCUUAUCCCGCAGCCUCGCGCAGCAUUUCGGUGACCGUUUACCAGAUGACGCCAGUGAGUGCGGUCAUUGCACUUGGUGUGAGACACGUACAGCCGUAGAAAAGGUGGAGCCUCGGAAGCGCGAGUGGAACUCUGGUGCGUUUUCCAAGAUAUUGGAGGCUGUUCCAGACCGGGAUGAUGCACGAUAUCUGGCCCGUAUCGCCUUCGGAAUCAGCAGUCCCAGAGUGACAGCAGCCAAGCUGUCUAAGUCUGCUGUAUUGGGAUCAAUGGAGGAUCAAGAUUUCAUGGUAGGGAUGAUGACCCUGCUCUUUGACCAGCACUAAUUGCUCGCAGACCCUUCUGAAUGCGUUUACGAAGAUUUGUGAGAAGUAA